AUGCGUUGCAAUGCCUUCAAGUCGAGCGAGGGCAAUCUCAGCAAGUCACUGCCUUGUAACGAAGAGUGCGCUCGGCUUGAGCGCAAUCGCAAAUUGGCACUCGCCUUGAAUAUUGAUCAGUCAAGUCAUGUGGACGGAGGUGACCACAUCCCAUACUCGAAUGAUACCCUCAACAUAUUUGCCCAGCGCGUCAAGUGGGCACAGACGCAGGAGCGCGAAUUUCGUGUCUUCGCUGCGGCAGAUGAUGAAAAGCGUCUACGCUUCAAGCCAAUGCACGCCCAGCAGCGUGCUUUCAUUCAUGCUCUUGCAGAAGACUUCGGCUUCGACAGUGACUCAGUCGAUCCAGAACCACACCGCCAUGUCAUGAUAUGGAAGACUCCUCGCUUUGUGUCUGCGCCGAACAAGACUUUGGCAGAUGCGUUGAGAUUGAGGCAGCAGACUCAGAGGUCCACAGCCACGAGUGCGAACGCCUCUGACAACGAGGGCGCGAACUCGAUCAAAGCUAAGGCAAAGGUACUUGAGCCCUACAACAGCUUUCGGAUCACCAAGCCACGCUUUGGCCUUACGAUCGACGAGGUACGGACGGAAGUCAAUACUGUGCUACCACCCAGCACGCCCUUCACCCUGGAUAUUGAGUUCUUGCCUUCGGAAGAUAUCGUCUUGAAGGCUGUGAGCCGGACACUUUCGCCCGCACAAAUCGAGCCCCUGCUCCAGAACCUUAAGAUGGCGCUUGCAACUGCGAUUGCUGCUAAAGGCUACGGAACGACUCAGCUUUGCACCACCGACAGCUCUCUCAACAUCACACGUUACGAAUCGGACACAACGGCCGGAGACGGAUGGUCGCGCGUCGCAGCAAAGAAGGCUGCGCCGAAGGUGAUGGUCUCAAGCACUGGUCUUGGUGGUGCUACAAAUUCGUUCACUCCUCUAUCAGGAGGCAAGGUUACUUUCGCCAAGAAGAAGCCCAAAGCAGCUACACCCAUCGUGGAUGACUGGGAGGCCGCUGAGAUGGAGGAAGAAGAGAAGGAGCGCGUGGCGACGAGUGCAAGUGAGGAUGAAGGCGGCGCCUCUAUCGAAUUGCCUGAGGGCGGCAGCAUCGGUGUCGAUGCGUCUGGUGGCGAUGUUGGACCUCAAGAGUCUAAGCCAGAGCGGAAAGACUGGGCUGAUGAGGUUGAGAGCACUCUUCCUGUGUCUGAAGAAUUAAUAAUGUGA